AAUGUUUGUGUAUAUAUAAGGAAACAAAAAUGUGAGAAUCAUAAACCACCGCGUGAAAAAGAAAGAAACAGAUCAGCCAUGGAUAUGAUUUGGCUAUAAUUAGAUUUGUUACGCGGAAAGGCCAACGAUUUUGUACCUCACAAAAGAUUUACAAGACAUUAAUAAAGAAAGAAGAAGCUUAAUAGAAUAUUCCGCCGUGUCUGAAACGGGUCCAAUUCGUAGGAAGAAAAAAUGGCAUCGAACGAAGCUGGAAGGCCAUUGCCGAAAUUUGGAGAAUGGGAUGUGAAUGAUCCGGCGACGGCUGAUGGAUUCACGGUGAUAUUUAGCAAGGCCGGUGAAGAUAAAAAGACAGGAAGGAGUUCGACCAAGACGAAUUCGCAGAGGAAACAAGAUAAUGAUAAACCAACGGUCAAGAAAUGGCUCUGUUUCACUUUUGCUUGAUAUUUUUUUUGUGGUUUUUGUUUGUAAGAGAACUUAGCUUUGAGCCUUAUUGAGAGCCCUUUGACAACUUUUGUGUUAGAACUUUUGUCAUUUUGUUUCGUAGUCAUCUAAUAAACAAAUGAUAAGGUUUUGUUUCCUAA